CACUUAAAGGAAUAUGUGCUGAGAGAGGGAAUGGACUCCAGAGACGUGGCCAUGGGACUGAUGCUCUUAUCACAGUCUGCAGUUGGAGUUCUGGGAAAUUUCUCUCUGCUUUAUUAUCAUUUAGUCCUUUUCUACAAUGACUGUAUAUUAAGGACCACUGAUUUGAUUAUCAGCCACCUGGUCAUAGCCAACUCUUUGGUCAUUCUUGGCAGAGGAAUUCCCCAGACAAUUGCAGCUUUUGGGUUGAGGUACUUCUUCAGUGAUUUUGUAUGCCAACUUAUUUUGUACAUGCAGCGAGUGGGCAGGAGUGUGUCCAUUGUCAUCACCUGCCUCUUGAGCAUCUUCCAGAACAUCACCAUCAGCCCCAUGAACUCCUGUUGGAAGGAUCACAAAGAAAGAGCUCCCAAGUACAUUGGCUUCUCCAUUUCCCUCUGUUGGAUCCUGUACAUGGUGGUGAAUUCCAUUUUUCCUCUCUAUGUGUUUGGCAAAUGGAAUAGCAAAAACUUGACAGAGAAAAGAUAUUUGAGGUACUGUCUUUACAUUGGUCCUAACAACAUAACAAACUCAUUAUAUGCAGCAUUGUUUGUAUUUCCUGAGAUUGUCUUUUCCUUGCUCAUGAUCUGGUCCAGUGGCUCCAUGGUUCUCCUUCUGUACAGGCACAAGCAGAGGGUUCAGUACAUUCACAGCAUCAAAGGUUCCCCCAGAUCCUGCCCUGAGUCUAGAGCCACCCAGAGAAUACUUGUCUUGGUCGGCUCCUUUGUGAGUUUCCACACACUCUCUUCCUUAUUAAAUGUUUGUGUUACCCUUCAUUUUAAUCCCAGUUGGUGGUUGGUGAACACCAAUGUCCUGAUCUCCGUGUGUUUUCCCACUGUCAGCCCCUUUCUUCUCAUGAACCAUAACUCCAUUCUAUCCAGGCUCUGCUACCUUUAUCUCAGGGUGCAGCUGUCUCCCUCCCUCCAUGCUGGCUGUCAGGACCUCACACUGAGCCCACCACCUUGCACAGAAGAAGCACAGUGA